ACUUCGUACCGCAAACGAUUGCUUAACGCGGCUCUCGCGUCUCUUUCCCUCGCUUCGCCGCCUCGCUCUCCUCCUCCUUCGCCCCCUACCCAGCCUCCUCCUCCUCCUCCUCCUCUACCCAUCCGGGGACGAGUGGCGUCGUCGACCACCACGAGGAACCGGCAGUGCCGGCACCGGUGCGGCAGACGUGGCGCGGCGGAGCCAUCGGAUUUGAUGCGGGCGAAUGAGGAGCGAGAGGAGGAGGUUUCCGACGCGUCGAAGAGGAGAAGGGGAAUCGCCGACGGAACCACUAUUGCGGCCCUCGGCAGUGGUCGUUGAUGGGUCUGCAGAUGACAUGGCACGCGCGCUGCCGCAGGGGGGGCGCCUCUCCUCUCGGCCUUAAAAACCUCGGCAACUCUUGCUAUCUUAAUAGCGUCCUCCAGUGCCUCACCUACACCCCUCCCCUCGCCCAGUUCUGCCUCUCCUCCCGCCAUUCCUCACUCUGCAAGUCGGUGUUCGCGAAUCGGGAGAAGGAGUGCCCAUUCUGCAUCCUCGAGCGGCAAAUCGUUCGAUCACUCACCCUUGACGGAGCGAAUAUCACUGAAUCGCCGUCCAAGAUUCUAAAGUGCUUGUCUCUAUUUGCGGAGCAUUUCCGUUGGGGGCGCCAGGAGGACGCUCACGAAUUCCUUAGAUAUGUGAUUGACGCAUGCCAUAAUGCCUGCCUCAAGCUGCACAAGCUAAAUGGUUGUGGUGGAGCCAGUGGAGGGGUGACUAAUGGAGAUUCUAAAGUGGAGGGGCGCUCGAGGCCCACCACCGUGAUGAACGAGAUCUUUGGAGGGGCGUUGCUAAGUCAGGUGAAGUGCCUCACUUGCAAUGGUGAUUCAAACAAGGUGGACGAGAUUUUGGAUAUCUGUCUCGAUGUUUUCCACAACAGCUCCUUGAAGGAUGCUCUUGCUCGAUUUUUUCAGCCAGAAGAAUUGGAUGGCAACAAUAAAUACAGCUGCAGCAAUUGUAAGAAACUCUCAGUAGCAAAGAAGCAGAUGUUCAUACAUCGAGCACCAAAUGUUCUAGUCAUCCAACUCAAGAGAUUUGAAGGCAUACAUGGUGGGAAGAUUAAUCGAAACAUUGAUUUUGAUGAGCUUCUUGGGCUUUCAAAGUUCAUGUCCAAUCCGAGUCAGUUGCAGGAUCUGGAGCCAGAGUACAGUCUUUUCGGUUGUAUAGUACACUCAGGUUUCUCACCAGAAUCUGGACAUUAUUACGCUUACAUUAAGGAUGCUUCUGGUCGAUGGUUCUGUUGUAAUGAUGCCCAUGUUUCACUUUCAAGCUCACAAGAAGUUUUGUCAGAGAAGGUUUACAUGCUUUUUUAUAUACGCACCAACGGGUGCCCAAAGCCCACCAAAUCUGCUUUAUCUUGCAAUGGCUUCAAACCUUCUGUUGUAAAUGGAAGCAGUGUUCAAAGCCAGAAGACUGUACAGGUUCUAAAACCAACUAUUGCUAAUUCCAACGGGGCAUCUUCUACAAAUAAUGGCUCGGCAUUGCUGAAGAACGGUAAACCAUUUUCAUCUCCGCAAAUUAAGCCCAUUAAUCUCAAGAAUCUUGAGAUAAAAAGGACUUUCCCAAAUGGUAAUGGGAACCUUGAUAUUCAGAAAAAAGGAGCUAGUGGAGAAGGCAUAACAACACUUGCUAGCUGUUCCCCAAGUGAAAAUAAGACGGUACAAAAAUUUGAGACAUCGACAACUUCUAAUCUCAAUGCAGCUAGUGUAGACAUAUCAUUCGAUGGGCAGCAGAAUAAGCAUACGUCUCUUUUGCCAAAUGGAAAUGGGUGCUCUCAGCCAUCAAAGAGACACUCGAACUCGGAGGACACUGAGUAUGUAGCAGCUACAAGAAAAGAUUCUGGUAAUGCUAGUUCAGCUAAAGUGAAGAUUGAUAAUCAUCAAAAAGUUAAUCCAGAAGUACACAGUACGAAAAGCAGCGAAAAUUCUGAUUCAAGCACUAAUGAUGCCGCCCCUUUGCCAAGGGAAAAUGGCUCAUACAAGAAUGAGAUAUCAUGUGGCAAAAAACAUUCGCGAGAAAUUGAAAAGUUCAAAGAAUUGCUAUCCCGAGAAGCCUCAUCCGAACUUCACUCUUGUGGAUGGGUGGAUAAAGUUCAAGACUUUAUGCGAGCUAAAAAAAGAUUAUGCUUGCAAGCAGCAGAUGUCUCUUAUGAUAAGAGUUCAACAAGGAAACAAUUGAUAAGCGAUGCAAGGAAGACUUUCAUCUCGCAAAUUCCAGAAUCGCUUAAGGAGCAUCUCGUCGAACGCCUAAGAUCUUUUAGUCAAGAAUCACCUCUUUCAGAUCCGUAAAUAUCAAACAAGAUACGAUCUACCUCUGGAGAACUCACUAAUCCAGUCUUAUAUACUGCAACUGGAUGAUGGUUGGACACAACCGACAACCGACUGUUUCAGACACUGCCUUCUCGCGCACUUGCGAUAUUUUGAUUAUACACUUUCGAUACCUGGAGAAUUUCGAAACUUUUGCGGUAAAAUUUUCGCAGAAGCCUCACCUGAAGCACCUAGUUCCUCAAGCCUUCUUCAUUAGGAACUCUUCUUCCUCCCUCCAUCAGUGAGAUUCACAAUUUUGACUUCGAAAUUUUUGUUGUGCCGUUGGAGGUCGAGAGCAUGUAAAAUGUGUUCUAUUUGUUUCAGUGCACAGAGUGUUAGAGUUAAUUUGUCAUCCCUAGUAUAAUUUUUGAUAUUUAAUAAAUUUGGCACAUAAAGAUUAGUAAUUA